AUGAGAAUUCCCCAUGUUCCCUUCCUUUCCUUCAUAUUCUGUUGCUGCUUCUGGAUACACCACACUGUUUACUUCACCGGGGUUUCUGCCCAAAUGGUUGAGGAUCAACAACAAUCUUUGCUCCAACUGAAGAACAGCCUCAAAUUCAAGCAAGAAAAAUCUCACAAACUUGUGUUCUGGAAUUCAAGCAUAGAUUGCUGCCAGUGGAGGGGUGUUACCUGUGAUAAGGAGGGACAUGUUAUUGGCCUUGACCUGGGCGGAGAAUCAAUCAAUGGUGGAUUUGAAAAUUCAAGUAGUCUUUUCAAUCUGCAAAGUCUCCAGACACUGAAUUUGUCUGCUAAUAACUUCAGUUCUAACAUACCAUCCGGAUUCAGCAAGUUGAAGAACUUAACAUAUCUCAAUUUGUCUCAUGCUGGCUUUGUGGGGCUCAUUCCAUUGGAGAUGUCUUCCCUCACAAGGUUGGUAACGCUUGAUAUCUCUUCUCUUUCCUUUUUAUAUGGGCAACCGCUGAAACUUGAAAAGUUAGAUCUAAUUCUUGUAAGAAACUUCACCAUGAUUAGACAAUUGUUUAUGGAUGGUGUAAGUAUAUCAGCUCGGGGAAAUGAAUGGUGUAAUGCUUUGUUGCAGCUACAUAGCCUGCAGGAGCUCAGCAUGUCAAACUGCAAUCUCUCAGGACCCCUUGAUCCCUCCCUCAUACGACUUCACAACCUAUCAAUCAUUCGUCUUGGUCAAAACAAUUUAUCAUCCCCCGUGCCAGAAACCUUUGCUAAUUUUUCAAAACUAACAACCCUUCACCUUAGUUCUUGUGAAUUGACAGGAAUAUUUCCGGAGAAGAUCUUUCAGGUAGCAACAUUGUCCGAAAUAGACUUAUCAUUUAAUCCUUAUCUUAAUGGAUCCUUGCCUGAAUUACCUCUGAAUGGUCCUCUUCAGACACUGAUUGUAAGUGGCACAGGUUUCUCAGGAUCAAUACCAGCUUCUGUAAAUAAUCUUUGGCAGUUAUCCAUUAUAGAUCUUUCUCAUUGUCAUUUUAAUGGAAGACUACCCAGUUCAAUUUCAAGACUCAGGGAACUCACUUAUCUGGAUUUGUCAUUUAAUAACUUCACCGGUCCGAUUCCAUCCUUGAAUAUGUCCUUGAAUCUUAUACAUUUAGACCUCUCACACAAUUAUUUCACAGGUUCAAUCGCAUCUAUUCAUUUGGACGGCCUAAAAUAUCUGCUCCAAAUUGAUUUGCAGGACAAUUUCUUCAAUGGAAGUCUCCCAUCCACUCUUUUUUUUCUCCCAUUGCUACGAAGUAUACUACUUUCGAACAACAAUUUUCAGGGUCAGUUGAAUCAUGUUUCGAAUAUCUCUCACUCCAUGUUAGAGAUCCUUGAUUUAAGUUGUAACGAUUUAGAAGGGCCCAUUCCUACAUAUAUUUUUUAUCUCAGAUCACUGAGUGUCCUCAAAUUAUCUUCAAACAAUUUAAAUGGCACAUUGAAGUUAGAUUUAAUUCAGAGACUUGAAAAUCUAACUACUUUAGCUCUUUCGCACAACAACUUUUCAAUAGACACAAAUCUUAGUGAUGUAGGCUUUAUGUCUUCCUUCCACAAAAUGAGGAUAGUUGAGUUGGCUUCCUGCUCUCUAAUAGAAGUCCCAACUUUCUUGAGAAACCAAUCCAAUAUAACGACUAUAGACCUGUCAAGCAACCAUAUUCGAGGAUCUAUACCAACAUGGAUAUGGAAACUUGAAUCUCUUCUUCAAUUAAAUCUUUCUGACAAUUUUCUCAGCAGUUUUGAAGGAUCUAUGCAGAACACUAGUUCCAAUUUGAGGAUCCUUGACCUUCAUGCAAACCAACUUCAAGGGAAGCUUCCAAAAUUUCCAGUGCAUGCCACUUAUUUGGACUAUUCAAGCAAUAAUUUCAGUUUCAGUAUUCCAUCAGAUGUUGCUAGUAUGCCGCCCUUAAUUUUUCUGUCUCUGUCCAAAAAUAGUUUAUCCGGGAGUAUUCCGCAAUUCCUGUGCAAUAGUUCAAGUCUGCUAGUUCUGGAUGUUUCUUAUAAUAACUUCGACUGGAAAAUUCCGGAGUGCUUAACACAGAGUGAGACACUUGUGGUGUUGAAUCUGCAACAUAACAAGUUUAAAGGCAGCAUUCCAGAUAAAUUUUCAGUGUCUUGUGCUCUAAGGACUUUGGAUCUGAAUAGUAAUCAAUUGAGGGGCCCAAUUCCAAAAUCUAUUGCAAAUUGCACAUCAUUAGAGGUGUUGGAUCUUGGAAACAAUCAGGUAGAUGAUGGAUUUCCAUGCUUCCUAAAGAAAAUAUCUACACUCCGCGUCCUGGUUUUGAGGGGAAACGAAUUUCAUGGUCACAUUGAAUGUUCUGAUACCAGUGAUUUCUGGCAUAUGCUUCAAAUUGUUGAUGUGGCUUUCAACAAUUUCAGAGGUUUACUUCCAGCAAAAUGCUUCAAAACUUGGAAGGCGGUGAUGCUUGAUGAGGAUCAUGAUGUAUCAAAUGUCAAUCACAUUGGAUCUAAUAUCCUUACAUUUGGUGGCAUCUAUUAUCACGAUUCUGUAACUCUUACAAUUAAAGGUGUGCAGUUGGAGUUUGUUAAAGUUCUGAAUCUCGUCACAUCUGUUGACUUCUCCUCCAACAACUUUGAUGGAUCAAUACCGGAAGACCUUAUGCAUUUUACUGGACUUUAUGCGCUCAAUUUGUCACAUAAUGGUUUAACAGGCCAAAUCCCUUCAUCUAUAGGGAAUUUAAAACGGCUUGAGUCAUUGGACCUGUCAAGCAACUAUCUUGGUGGUGAGAUUCCCACACAGCUUGGAGUUUUAAAUUUCCUCUCAUACCUGAAUCUUUCAUUUAAUCGUCUGGUGGGAAGAAUCCCUGUAGGUAACCAACUUCAAACAUUUGAUGCAUCUUCCUUUGCUGGUAAUGCAGAAUUAUGUGUAAGGCCUUUGAAAACGUGUCCUGAUAAUUCAGAAUCUAAAGUAUAUGCAGAUUCUGGUAUUAAAUUUGACUGGAGUUUUGUAUCAAUUGGAGUGGGUUUUGGGGUUGGAGCAGGAAUGGUGGUGGCUCCAUCAUUGUUCUGGAAGAGACUGAACAAAUGGAGCAACCAUAAAAUUGAUAAAGCUCUCCUCGUCAUUCUUCCAGUGUUGGGUAUGACUUGGAUACCCAUUCAUGAUGAUGAUGAGGAUGAAACAGAGGAAGAUGCUAAGGAAAAUAACUCAGACAUGGAAGAGGAGUGUGAUUACAAUGAGAUGCAAAAUAAUUUGGUUCAUCAAACGUUUCGAGGGCGGUACUGUGCCUUGUGUUCCAAGCUUCAUAUCAGUAAGAAGAAGGUAAUUCAUGAUCCAAGGUGUACAUGUUACCCCUCACCUCUCAUUUCAACAUCAACCAAUCCAGAUUCAUAUUCUUCUCAUUCACAUUCAUGUUGA